AUGGACUCCUUGGGCAAUACAGCGCCACCUUCUGAUGAAGUACAUCACCAGAAUGUCCACAUCAACGAUCUCCCCGAUGAGGUCCUUCUAAACGUCUUUGCCCACAUGCAACCAGUGGAACUCAAAGACCUCCGCUUGGUGUGCUCCAAAUGGAACCACGUGGUGCUGGACAAAUCCGCCUGGAUCAAAGCGUUCCAUAACCGCUUUGGCACAGGUAACGUGUUUGCUUCGGUCACGGGGCUGACCAUGUGGCUUACAGAGUAUCUAGGCCGAGUCGCUGUGGCAAGGAAAUGGGCCAAAGCUCGGGCCUACUCCCACUCCUAUGCGCUUGUCAACAACGAAUUUGGCAUGAGGGUUCCGCCUCGUGUGUUUGUGGAUUUUGCCCACGACAGGAUCUUGACGUUUGCCAGGUUUCUGGGUGCCAUAUCCAUGUGUACGCUAUCCACAGGGCGUAACCAGGUGUUUUUCCCUGAAAACAGCGUGUUGUCUAUGGGCAUGGCUGUUGACAGCAAUUGGUCCCACCUCUGCGUGGGCAAGCCCAACGGCGAGGUUCUACUCAAAAACUUAAUCACAUCUUCAGCCACAGGGCUGGGGAAGCAGUCUGUUACAACGCUUCAGGGCCCCACGGACGAUCCAAUUGUGGCUCUUAAGCUCAACGAAACGUUUGAAAAGGUCAGGGAAAAAGUAGAAAUUGUGGCAGGUACCAGAGGCGGGCUCUUGCUACUUUGGAGCGCUACUUCGCUUCUACGGACAAUAUUUGUGAGCCAGACUUGCGGCGUGCUCGAGGUGGAGAGUGAUUUCACGAAAUCUGUCGUAGUCGUCACGGAGGAGGAAAUAAUCGCCUACGAGUUAUCCCUGGGUGAAGAAACCCAUCGUGUGGCGCAUGGAAUCGCCUUGAUGCCCCACGUCAACUUUUGCAUUGACCUCGCUGACAUGAACGUCGUGGCAUACGACGAAACUACCGUCAAGGUGUUCCAUCUCGCCGAGAAGGUUUUUGUUAGAGAAACAGAGGCUCCGGAAGAAGUAAGCAUUAUCGGAGGCAAGUUGCAGCAGAGUGACGGCAAAGUGAGAAACUCUGAUGUUGCCGGAGGCGAUGGUCGUCUUUUCGCUUUAAUAUAUUCUGACGGCAGUGUCGGCACCUUCAACAUUCGUGAUACCAGCAGCGAAAUUAAGCUUCUCACGAGGAUCAUGCCUCGCUACGACGCCCCCUUUGGCAUUUUUGACUGGACCGCCGUGGCACUCAACAGCUCCACCAUUGCUAUUGGUCUUCUACCUAAUUUUGUGCAUUUUUACGACUCCCACCUGGGCGAGUAUCUUCGAGAGGGUGUCAAGGUUCUGCGUAAGCUCUUUCGAGAAGGCGAGCCACCCAUCAGGCACAUCAGUUUCAGCUCAAACCAGGCUGCUGGUGUGGUUGUCAGCGGAAGUGUAGCACAAUAUUUCCGUUUCGGUGACGCUCCGCUUUCAUCGAAGAGGAAGCCUAAUACACCUCAGGCUGCCGAGGGUUCUUCUCGACAUGCUAUGCAUAGACACAUCAAGGCUCAAUUGGACGACUAUGAAACCCUUGAAGACUCUCGUCGCCGUGCAGAACUCAUGGCUGAUCGCUACAAUGGCACAGAGCUCGAGAGCGAGGCUGAAGAGCUCCGAAUGGCAAUGGCGCUAAGUGCUAGUAGCGUCCCUGACACCAGCGAAGAUGACGACUUGGAGAGGGCUUUGGCGCUUUCCCGAGAGGAACUGGAAAGAGUCACACCUCGUGAAGGGACCCUGCGAUCUCAUGAGCUUUUUAAGCAGCCUGCUACGGGACAUCCUGGUGAGCCUAUCGAGGAAAGUGACGACGAUAUUCUUCGCCAGGUAAUAGAGAUUUCGCUCACUGAUGUAUAA